AUGGUUUCUCAUUAUGAAUUUUAUGGACAAAGCAUACUGGCAAAGCUUGGUCUGGUGAACCCUGAGUUCAUAUUCAGAGUGUGCAAAACAAAGGACCCAUCAGCAAAUCAAUUUGUUAAAGCGCUGCAAGAUUGCCAAGUGGUUAGCCCAGAAAGAGUUGAUGGAUAUGGACAUUUUCUCUCCUACCAUUUGAAUCACCAUGCUUCAAACUUCAGAGGGAAAAGAGACCCUAAGAGAAGAGACAGUAAAUCGUAUUAUAAAAUUAGGCACAAAAACAAGGAUCUCUUCUUCAAUUUAACUCUUCACCGAGAAUUACUGUCCAAUAAUUAUGUUCUGGAAAAGCGCUAUGGCAGCUAUCUUGGUGCUAAGAUCCUUCCAAGGGUAGCCACGUCAUGUCACCUUAUUGGGACGGUCAUGGAUUCUGAUUCCAGAGACGGAAGAGCAGCGAUCAGUACUUGCAAUGGGCUAACUGGUUACUUCCACUUGCCUGAUGGAGACUACUUCAUUGAACCAGUGAAGAAAUAUGAAUCAAAAGAAGGAGCACAUCCACAUAUAAUCUACAAGACAAAUGUCAUCCAGAAGACUCUGCGAAAACAAGAAUUCUGUGGCUUGAAGAGGAGUCACAACUCAUCGGUAUCACAAGAACUUCGAAGGAUGAAGUGGGAAAGGAACCGUGUGAUGCCAAGAACAACCUACCGGCGUUCUGUCAGUAAAGAAAGAUGGGUGGAGACUUUGGUAGUUGCUGAUAGUAAAAUGAUUGAAUAUCAUGGAAGCGAAAAUGUAGAAUCCUAUAUUCUCACUAUCAUAAAUAUGGUGGCAGGAUUAUUCCAUGAUCCGAGCAUUGGCAACGCAAUCCAUAUUGUGCUUGUUCGGCUUGUUCUUCUUGAAGAAGAGGAGCAAGAACUGAAAAUCACCCAUCAUGCAGAUAAGACUUUAGCCAGCUUUUGUAAAUGGCAAAAGAGUAUCAACCCAAAAUUGGAUACAAACCCACUUCACCAUGAUGUAGCUGUACUUCUUACCAGAAAAGACAUCUGUGCUGCUAUGAAUCAACCCUGUGAAACCUUAGGCUUGUCCCAUCUCUCGGGCAUGUGCCAACCACAUCGAAGCUGCAACAUCAAUGAAGACUCUGGCCUACCUUUGGCCUUCACAAUUGCCCAUGAACUUGGACACAGUUUUGGCAUCCAGCAUGAUGGAAAAGAAAAUGAUUGCGAAUCAGUGGGAAGACGGCCAUACAUUAUGUCUCGGCAGCUACAGUAUGAUCCUACACCACUCACCUGGUCACGAUGCAGCAAGGAAUACAUCACCCGUUUCUUAGACCACGGAUGGGGUUUUUGCCUGGAUGAUGUUCCCAAGAAGAAAGAUCUCAAGCCACCAUUCAUUGCACCUGGAGUCAUUUAUGAUGUUCAUCACCAGUGUCAGUUACAAUAUGGACCCAAUGCAACAUUCUGCGAUCAAGUGGAUAAUAUUUGCCAGACCUUGUGGUGCUUUGUGAAGGGUUCUUGCCGUUCAAAACUGGAUGCUGCAGCAGAUGGAACAAGAUGUGGAGAGAAUAAGUGGUGCCUCUCAGGUGAAUGCAUAACAGUGGGCAAGAGCCCUGAAGCAAUUAAUGGCGCAUGGGGGUCCUGGUCAUCCUGGUCACACUGUACACGGACAUGUGGAGCUGGCAUUCAGGCAGCUGAAAGACACUGCAAUAACCCAGAACCACAGUUUGGAGGGAAGUAUUGCACUGGGGAGAGAAAGCGCUAUCAUAUGUGCAAUGUUAAAGGGUGCCAAAAGGCAACCCCAAAUUUCCGUCAGAUGCAGUGCAGCGAGUUUGAUACAGUUGCCUACAAAAAUGAAUUCUACCAAUGGAUCCCAGUUUAUAAUAAAGUUAGUCCCUGUGAGCUGCAAUGCCGCCCUACAAACCACCAUUUUUCGGAUAAGAUGUUAGAUGCUGUAAUUGAUGGUACACCUUGUUUUGAAGGAAACCGCUACAGAGAUGUCUGCAUUAAUGGCAUGUGUAAGACUGUUGGCUGUGAUUAUGAAAUUAAUUCCAACGCCACUGAAGAUCAGUGUGGAGUUUGCUUAGGAGAUGGAUCUUCUUGCCAGACAGUGAAGAUAACAUUCAAUCAGAGUGAAGGAUUAGGUUAUGUUGACAUUGGCCUGAUUCCCAAAGGUGCAAGGCACAUCAAAGUGAUUGAAGUGUCAGAGGCAGGCAAUUUCCUUGCUCUGCGCAGUGAAGACCCUCAGAAGUACUAUCUAAAUGGAGGGUUUAUUAUUCAGUGGAAUGGAGAUUACGAAGUGGCAGGAACAAUAUUUAAGUAUGGAAGAAAAGGAGAUUUGGAAAACCUCACUGCUUCUGGACCCACAAAUGAAUCUUUGUGGCUGCAGCUCCUUUUUCAGGAAAACAACCCUGGAAUAAAAUAUGAAUACACUGUCCGCAAAGGCUCAAGCUUGGAAAAUGAAGUGGAGGUGCCUGAAUACUUUUGGAAAUAUGGAAAGUGGACAAGUUGCAGUGUAACUUGUGGCAAUGGGUUUCAGCGACAGAUUGCCCAGUGUGUGAAAAGGGGGAAGAGUAUGGUGAAAAACCUGUUUUGUGACCCAGAAACACAGCCCAAGGCAAAACAGAAAAAAUGCACUGAAAAAGAUUGUCCACCAAGAUGGUGGGCAGGGGAAUGGCAGAAGUGUUCCACCACCUGUGGCCCCACAGGAGAAAAGAAGCGCACUGUCCUUUGUAUCCAGACAUUGGGAUUUGAUGAGCAGGCUCUGCCUGUGGAAGAAUGCCAACAUCUGCUAAAACCAAAAACUCGUCUUUCGUGUAAUAGGGAUAUCUCAUGCCCAUCCGACUGGACUGUUAGCAACUGGACUGAGUGUACAGUUACCUGUGGUGGAGGAGUACGUACUCGUUAUGUCACUUGUACCAAAAACAAUGGAGAACCAUGUGAUGUUUUGAAGAAACCCCAUUCUAAAGCUCUGUGUGGUUUACAGCAAUGCCUAUCCACUCAAAGCUUGCUAAGGACUCAUUUCAAGUUCCAUAAUGGAAAGAUUAUUAGAAGAAUAGGGGUUACUCCCAGAAGAGGCCCUUCAAAAAAAUUGGCCAUCCCAGAACCAUUGCCAAGAAUCCAUUCAACAAUAAUACCCAGGCUCAAAAACAUUACUUUGAUACCCACUUCCAUUAGUCUUAUAAAUUCUUCUCUAAAUGAAGACUUGGAAGUUAAAAAGUUACAAAACAAUUCCAUUGACUCAAACAUACUCAGUAACUACUCCUGUGUAACUAGUGCCAACAGCGCAUUGCUAAACAGCACUCAUGGACCUCUCAUAACUGCUUGGAAUAUAUCUUCAGAAGGUAGCUCCAAAAACAAGGAUUCCUUUACCACUGACCCCAGGUACAAUCCAAAGAAUAAUUAUUUAAUGGAAGCAAAUGACACAAUGCCCAAUAGUACUGAAGGAGAAAUAAAAGACUACAUUCAGACUGAAAGACCAACAGAGAGGUUCCUUACAUUCACCACAAGCAAGGUCUCGGGAACCUCAUCUACAGAUGAUCAACCUGAUCAUCUCAGCCAAUUUUCUGUUACUCCCACAACUGAGGCUUCAUUGACAAUGACCGAUCUCAAAGGCCUUCGUGUACAAAUAAAUCCGCCUGUGACAGCAGAUCCCAUUACAGAACAACCAACACUAGUAGAGGAUACAUUCGAAGAAAAAUCUGCAAAUACAACCCCAUCAAAAUCCUCUUUCAGUGAAACACCCUCUUGGCCCACAGAAAGUCCAUUUGUGCAAGACAUCACUAUGCCAAAAAACAGUGAGAAUGUUUUCAAAACAAGAUUACUAAAUGACUCUGAUUCAGAAAAGUCCAGAAACCUGCAUAUUAAUGCCUAUUGGUUGGUGGGAAACUGGAGUGAGUGUUCUACCACAUGUGGUGUUGGGGCCUUUUGGAGACUAGUGGAAUGCAACACCAAGAAUCAGUCUGACUGCCAGCACAUCAAAAAACCUGAUCCAGCCAGAAGAUGCUAUCUUCGGCCAUGUGCUCAGUGGAGAGUAGGAAACUGGAGCAAGUGCUCUUCCAGCUGUGGAGGGGGUUUCAAGACCCGCGAUGCACAUUGCAUUGAUGUGCGAGAAAAGAGAGUCCUGAGGCCGUUCCACUGCCAGAUCCUACAAAGCCAGCCGGUACUGAACAUGAGCUGUAACAUGGAUCUAUGCUUCAUGUGGCACACAGAGACUUGGAAUGAGGGGCUAAAGAAGAACAGGAAGGAGGAGGAGAGUGAUGCCAUCAAGCAGGGCAAUGCAUGCUCAGCUUCCUGUGGAGGUGGUACUCAGGAAAGAGCAGUGCGGUGCAUCAGUGUGGACGGCCAUGCAACUAAGGAGGAGAAUUGGUGCGAGCAGGAGACCAAGCCUCCAGAUUCUCAGGAAUGCAACCUACACAAAUGUGUGAAAAGUACUGGCUCAUCCUGCAGCAAGGACAGACUAUCUGUGAACUUCUGCGAGAGGGUGAGAGAUAUUGGCAGAUGUUCUGCACCAUCAGUAAGGAUUCAGUGCUGCCACACAUGCAAGAGAUACUUGGCUGUCAACAAAAUGGAUCUUGAGAAUUAACCAAAUCUGAAUCGUCGCCUAAAUAAAAACUAAACUUGGUAAGAUGGACUUUGGAAAUAAACAAAAUUCUUCUACAAUUUCCAGCAUGGUCUAUGGACCUAUAAUUUAAACCUUCCUGGAGGCAAGAUAGCCUUUUCAAAAUUUGGACUCAUUAUUUUUGUAUGUUCUAUAUAUUAUCCUUAUUUUUUCUGUAUCUGUCAGUAGUUCCUUUGAUUUCAUUUUCCUUCUCUGGGUCAUUUCCUGCUCAAUCUUUCUGGCCCAGUUUAAAUCAGGUUUUCUUGCUUUAAUGAAUCAGCUUUUAUGCUGAUUUGUCAAGAGAGCUGUAUUGGAAAUAGAAAAAGAUUUUGAUAUAUCCAGGUAUGCAUCUUAUUCUGUAUAAAAACAUCCAUCUAGGUCAGAGACUCAUUAAUGUACGCCACAAGUUAUCAUUGUCAUCCGUUGACUUAUACAUGGUAAUUUUUGAAGCUACAGUUGUAGACCCUGAGGCUCUCCAGAUGUUUUUGAACUCAACCAGCAUGGCUUAUACUAAAAAAUUGAUGAAACAUUGUUCAGACAGUACUUUCCCUUCCUAGGAUUGUAAUUUUCUUCUGAAAUUCUAUAUGUGAAGAAUUGUAAAAGUUGCCAUGUUUGUGUAUAACAGAUUUAUAAGUCGAACUGAAUUAAUCAGUUUGGUUCUUCAGUAUGGUGCUAUUAUACCAUGGUGCUAAAACCUAUGUGACAUCUAAACAUUCUUUUUAUGGCUGGGCUCAAAGAAGAUACUAAGCCAAUGCUCAUUGCAAUGGAUGAAUUCAACCAUCACCAUUUAGAAUCCUGGAGUUUUGGGCUUAGCAUGUCAACCUAGCUAAUUGUGGUACAGUGAAAAGAAAUGAUUAAAUAAAUCAUAGCUUAAGGUAGUUUGUGAAACCAGUGUUGCAACAUGUGUACAUUUAUUGUAUAAAUGAAUGAUGUAAUCUUGAAAUUAUGCUUUAUCAGGGUAUUGCUGUGCAAUGCUUGCUGUAUUGCUUUUUCAAAUAUUCCUGAUGUACUUUGCUAAAAACGCUUUAAUUUGUAAAAUACUGAAAGCCGUAUGGCCCCUUGUGAUAAAGUG